AUGACCACCAUUCUCAGUCUUCCGGAUGAGCUUUUGGCUCCUAUACUGCACGCUUCUGUACCUCGGUAUUCUGCCCAUCGUGCAGCGCCACUGGCCCUUGUUUGCCGACGCUUCAAUCGCAUUAUUACACCGCUUCUUUAUCGCAACCUCCAGAUAGAAUGCAAUGGUGCCUGCGGGCCACAUGAAUAUAUUCGUAGAACCAAAGCACUUCAUCGCACGGUUCGCUCAAAUCAGUCAUUGCGGCAACAUUGUCAAAGUCUUGUCAUUACGUUUGGGUCGAAUUUCUCGACGGAUCUUGAUGGGAAAGACACCGCCCCGAAUCUAGCCUAUAUCGCCAUAGACUUGGUCAAGUGGCUCUAUAAUACGGAGGAGCUUUAUAUCGGCCUCACAUCAUUUCAUGACGACACGUGGUACGAGACUUUCAAGACGUCAACGCCAUCAGAUCUGUCCGUUUUGUAUAGUCAGGCCCCCAAGUCCCUAACGCGUCUCAAGCUUCUGAAUAUAAGACAAGAAAAUGUGCCUAUGCACUUGCCGACUCUAUUUAGAAGUCUCGAGUGUUUGGACAGUGGCGCAUGUCUACGAAUUCUGGACCUCACUGGCGUGUCCCAAAUUGGAACUGAACAAGAUUGGAAGCGGAUGAAGGCUAAAGCAGGCACUGCUCCGUUCACAGAGCUCAGGUUGCGCCAUUUCACCCAGAGCGCAACUGCUCUUGAAGCGCUCGUGAUGUGGCCGGUCAGACUGGAAGCGUUUCACUUCUCGAUGCCAAUGUCCGACUAUUACGAUGGUGACUACGCAUUAACAAGAUACGACUUGGGUAUAAUGAAGACGAUAUUAUCGCAUCAAAAAGCCUCGUUGAGCCAUGUUAACAUUCACGAGCUCCUUACACAGUCUGGUGUGCAGGACUUUAAUCUUUCCGAGUUUCACCAAUUGUACACUCUGUGUUUGUCACGCGAUCUAACAGGCAUUGGUACCAGUCACGUGGCCAAUCUUCUUGCGCCCAACCUGCGGACAUUUCGCUGGGAUAUGGCACUCGAAGAUCAGCACGAUUGUAGGGGUCUAGAGGGGUUUGCUGAACCUCAAGAAGAGUGGAUAAGAGCAUUGGCUAAAUCCUCUAUGGGGCGCAAGACUUCUCUCAAGCAGAUCCAUAUCGACUUCCACCCAGAGGGCUCGUUUACUGGAGACAUUGAUAAGGACUAUCAAUAUCCAUGGGAUCGAAUGGACAGACUUGCCGAGGAUUUCAAGUCUCACGGGAUCAAUGUGGUAUACAGCCCCCCUAAGAUCACUAAGGAGCAAUUCCUGAGGACCAAGGAGUAA